AUGCCAUCUCUAAUCUGGAGCUCCGCUUAUCUCUUUUUGUUGGUGGAAUUGGUGAUCACCGCCAUCUUGGUCGUUCCCGUUCCAAUCAAGAUUCGAAAUGCAAUCACCCGCAAAGUCUUUCAAUUGAACCUUGGCGAACGCUUGCGCAAACCGAUUCUGUUCAUUGGCAUUGCCCUAGCCUUUGGCUUUGUCGAUUCCUACAGUAAGCAUAAAUAUGUGCUGGACAUGAUCAACGAGGAACGCAAUGCCGAGCUGGACCAUGGGCACCACUUGCCACAUGUCGUGCAUCACGAAAAGGAAAAGAAGUACAAGGCCGAACGCAACAUGUACUUGACUGGGUUUGCUUUGACUCUACUCUUUGUAAUCGGUCGCAUUUGUCAGUUGAUGCAAGAACAUGUGGAAUUGGAAAACGAGUUGCAUCCUGAGACUGCGGUAAAGAAGAAGGAGCCUACUGCUUCACCACCAAAGAAACCUGCAGACAAGAAGAAAGACUAA